UCAGCACUCGUUUCCCCUUUCACACGAGCGCAGCACAACCACCACCCACUACUUCCAAACAGGGGAGGCGACCGGCGACCGGCGGCGGAGAUGUCGGGCAGGGGCAAGGGCGGCAAGGGGCUCGGGAAGGGCGGCGCGAAGCGGCACCGGAAGGUGCUGCGCGACAACAUCCAGGGCAUCACGAAGCCGGCCAUCCGGAGGCUGGCGAGGAGGGGCGGCGUGAAGCGCAUCUCCGGUCUGAUCUACGAGGAGACCCGCGGCGUGCUCAAGAUCUUCCUCGAGAACGUCAUCCGCGACGCCGUCACCUACACGGAGCACGCCCGCCGCAAGACCGUCACCGCCAUGGACGUCGUCUACGCCCUCAAGCGCCAGGGCCGCACCCUCUACGGCUUCGGCGGCUAGGUUAGGUCAGGGUAGUUUCCUGGCUAGGUGUCUCGGAUCGGUGGUAGUAGUUUGGUUACCUUCCUGUGUUCGUGUUGUAGUGGCUGUAGUAACUGGUUGCUUUCGUCUCCUUGGAGUUAUGUUGUGUGGGUCUGUAAGAACUGCUAGUUCGAUUGAAUUGGAAUGGAUGGUCUGGUAGGAAAAUUAUAUAGUUUGAUUUGAAACAUGCUCCAACGAA